UAAAAAAAAUAACGAUAUAAUUAUUAAAUAAAAUUGGACGUUUAAGUGCAAGAUUCUUUUAAACAUCACGAAGAAUGCAAGAAGAACAAUCAGUUCAAGCGGCCAUACACACCACGAAACAACAACUACAACAACAGCAACAAUAACAACACUCAGAACAACAUGCACAACACCUACAACAACAACCACAACAACAACAAUUGGCGGGCGGAAGCGCAACGCAUCUAUCACGAGGAGAUUGUCGUGAAGCAGGCAAAAUCACGCGCUCUUCUCGCCAGCAACGGCAAUAACAGCAGCAGCAGCAGCAACAACAAUUGCUCUAGCAACGGCAACAGCAAUCGUAGCGUCGCGGUCAGUUUCGUCGACAUAUUCGCUGACUUUAUAACACAUAAAAGUAGCACAAUGAAAUGCAACACCGUUUCCAAAGUGCAAAAUAACAACACUAAUAAUUCCAAUGCUGUUUCAUCUCUCAUUCCCAAUUUUAACAACAACAGCAAUGGCAACAGUACCAGCAGCAACACCAGCGUCAGCGUCAGCAACACUACCAACACCAACACCACCAGCAACAACAACAACAACGUGAACAGCAUCAGCAAUGGCAUCAAAACCACAAUUGGCAAGAAGACACCAGUCAUAUUGCUGGCGACACGUGGAGUUGGCAACAAAUCGCAGCUGCAGCAGCAACAUCCGCCACUGAGUCUUAUCAACGGCGGCCAGACAACGUCGGGCAAAGCGGCCGUCACUUUGUUGCGCGUCAAUACGAACGCCAAUCGCAGUCGUCAGGUUAUCAUCACACCAGACGCUACUAGUCUGCAGCAGCAGCUGCAACUGCAACAACAACAGCAACAGCAACAACAGCAGCAACUACAGCAGCAACUACAGCAGCAGCUGCAGCAACAACAACAGCAGCAGCUAAAAGAGGAUGCUGAGGAAGAGGAUGAGGAGUACAUCGAUCAGGAUGUCUAUGAUGAUGAUGCGGCUGAACUCGAUGCCGCCUUGUCCUCAUCGACAGCACAAAUCCUGCGCAAAUUUCGCAUACCCAAAGGCACAGCACUGACGGCCAAAUCGGCUGACAGUUACCUGGCCAUGCCCACACCCACGCCCUCUCCGCCGGCUGGAGUUGGUGCUGCAGCUGCUGCUGACACAGUGACGCUCGAUGAGACUGGUUAUGUGGACAACACAGACGACAUCAUCGAGGAGCUCAACGAAGAUGAUCUUGUCGAGGAGGUGAUCGAUGAGGAGGUUAGCUGCGAGGAGCAACAGGUGCUGUUGCAACAGCAGGCAGCUGGCGACAGCGAUGGUCUCGAUCUCAGCAGCAGCAGCAACAACAGCAAUCACAAUACAACAGCAGAAACGACAACAGCCACCGCAGCAGCAUCCACAAUGUUCCAACAACAACCUGCCGCUCUGCAACUGCAAACAGUGGGACCCAAUGGCACUGUGACCUGCUUCAAUUUGCCGCCAAAUACAAUAUUGGUGCAGUCAUCCGAUGGCAGCAUCAUUGCUCAUCCCAGCAAGGCUGGACAACAGCAACUGAUUGUGUUGCCCGCCGAUUGGCCAACCGCCAAUGUGCAACUUGCUGAGCCAACAGCAACAGCUGCUGCAACACAAGCGACGCAGGCAACGCAAACGUUGCUGCUGACCGCCGAUGGAACAGCGAUACCAAUAAUGGCGCCACUGCAGCAGCAGCAGCAACAGCAGCAGCAUCAGCAACAACAGCAACAGGCCGCAGCUGUUGCUGCUGCGGCGCAACUAUUUGCCGCGUAGGGUCUAAUGGGUGGCCAAAUGGGUCGAUUUUUGAAUAAUGCCACAAUAAUGCCAACGACAUAUUUCUUUUAAAUUUGAGUACUUAAGCAAUCAGUUGCGCCUGCCGCAAGGCAACAUGGGGCACAGCUCAUCAAUUGCCUUGUUGCAGCUGCAACAAUUUCGUAUACAUACCUAUACAUACCAGCUAAAUAAUUUGCAAGCCUUUCUGAACAAAUCAAAAAUCGACACAUUUGGCCACCAACACAACAAUAAAAUAUGAAAUCAAAAUUCAUUCAAAUGAUAUGAAAAUAAAGCCAAGUUAAACUUAAUGAAAACUCAAUGCGAAACUGAUAUUACAUAAAACUAAAUUUAUUUUUCUAUAUAUUAUAAAAGUGCAUGACAUACACAGAUACAUACAUACAUACAUACAUACAUAUAUAAAUAUAUUGUCAAAGAAUCCUAUAAAUGCCUAUAUAUAUUUAUGUAUAUAUAUCGUAUACAGAUAGUAUACCAAUAACAUAUGAUUAUGUUCAUGUUGUGCGCAAAUUGCAAAAAUUUAAAAUGUUGUUCCACACACACUCAUACUCACACACACAAUAUUGUAAAUCUAUUCGAUUAAAUUAUUUUUUAUAAUAUUAAGUAGUCUAUGUUUAAGUGCAAAAAAAAAAAACAAACACAUCAACAAUGCGACACCCGAGCCCAGUUUCUUUUUAAACGAAUAUUUUGCUACAUUGCAAAUAUUAAUGUUUAAACUAAUUUUUAAUGUUAUAUUUAAACAAAACAAUUAAAUCUAACUGCUAACUAAGUUGUAUUAUUUAAACAUACUAAUCCAUAAUUUUUACUUAACUAAAUACUAAUAAUAACACUACUUAUAUAUGUAUGUAUAUAUAUCUAAAUAUAUAUAGAUAUAUGUAUAAUUUGUUCCUUUUGCAGCUAUGUAAUGUAUUUCAUUUCAAGUAUUCUCCGUCAUUAUUUAUUUACACUAAUUUUUUAUUGUUGUUCGUCAUUCGCAUUUCCCCUAAAUGUUGUAUAUUAUUUAAAACAUAAACAUAUAUAUUAUAUAUAUUUUAUUUGCAAUUUUGUUAAGCCAUCCGACAUUAAAGAUGAUUUAAUUUAUGCCUAAGAAUAAAAGCAUAGCACUGAACUAAGUUGUUAAUACUAACAGCGCUACCAUAGUUAAGAUUAAAGUAUUUUUUCAUACCCACAAAAACCGAAAACUUGAAAAAACAAACAAACAAAAAA